CUAAUCGUUUCUACGAUUAACUGGUAAAGUUUAUAGCUUAAAGAAAUGACUGAAAUCAUCUAAGUUUGACCAAAUAAUUUGGCAACAAAUACUACAAAAAGAACCUUAGUUUAAAGAAAUUAUACGAAUAUCAUAAGUAAUUUAAUUGUUUAGUGUUCAAAAUGAGUGAAACAAAGUUAAAGUUACAAAUCGUCUUAAUAGUUUUAAGUAUAGUUUUGAAAGGUCUUCAUGCGCUUGACGACUCGCUGCUGUUCAGCGUCACCCGUCCGCCGCGUUACUUCGGCAUACUACAAGACCACCGCGGGCAGCCGCUCUCCGUUGAAGUCUCCGAGGAGUACAUGGACCAGGACUACAUAGCUACUAACAGGAAAAGGCAUAAGAUGAAUUGGAACAGGAACCCCUUGGACAUCGAGGACUUCGAUGAUGAUGACACAGAAGAAAUCUUUGAAGAGAAGGAUAAAGACAUCAAAGUGCCCAACUUGCAGGCUGGCCCAGUGUAGAAGCGUUAUAAAUAAGGCUAACAUGCGCUAACACCUAAUACUGUACUUAGUAAAAGUUUGUUUUCUAUGAUACAACGUAAUUUUUACUUUGU